UGGAUAUCCUGGGUGGUGGUGGUGGUGGUGGUGGAAAACUUUAUAUGUAGAUUAGAAUAGAAGUAAAGACACCGACAAUACCUAUAAACUCGCGACAAUCCUGAUAAAUGUAUCUAAUUCCAGCAUUUUGCACUAAAAUCUAUAGAAAGCUGGUUUCCUUUCUUUAGUCCACACUUGUCCUGCCUGAAUAUGGAUGCCAAGCGUGUUUUGGAUAAGUCGUCGGUUGGGAUAAGGGUAGGCGGUGCGGAUUUUAACUACCGUGCAGACUGCUCCGUGGUGCGCGACACCCGGGUCCCCACGGUAGACAGCGGUCCCAUGCCGGCGUGCAUGAACGGGGCCGCCUUGGGCUCUGUCCUUUACACAUAUGUAAUGGACGGCGGCUCCGUAGUGGAUGGUGCAAGCGAGAAAAGCUUUCCAAAAGGGAAUGGACCGUCUUCGGGAGGAGGAAUAUUGCACGACAUGGAAAAAACUGGCAGUGGUGGCCUGGGGGACCAGAGAGACACUGGUUCCACCGGGGUCCUGAAGAGGGCCAGUCCCACUCACUGCCCCAGCAUAAAUGGGCAGCUGCCAGGCGGCCUCAUGCACUUGGACAUCAGGAACCCAGGGAAACAGGCAGAGCUGGCCGACUGCUUCAGGGCAGUGCAAGGACAGAAUCUACCGCCGGCAGAGAGGCAACCCCUCCCAUCCUCCCACAUCCCUGUCCCUAGAAACAGGAAGCCCUCAGGUCAUGCCGAUAAGGAGGUGAUGGCUGCCACCGUCCUGACCUCACUGUCCACAUCCCCUUUGGUGCUCCACCCUGCCUCCACAACCACAGCUGCAGUCCCGGAGCUGGCCAGCAGGGGCUGGAAAGAGGCGCUGUCGGCCAGCUACAGCAGUUCUACCAGUGGAAACUGGAGUUGGGACGCCAGUGACCAAUCAGUGCCCUCCACACCGUCCCCACCCCUUUCCAACGAUGCCAACAAGAACUUCCUGCUCUCAUCCCAGGGUGAUGAUGUCAACGAGGAUGUCACAGAGAGCACGCACUUCCUGUUUGAGGACCCCAUACCCCGGAAGCGAAAGAACUCCAUGAAGGUGAUGUUCAAGUGCUUGUGGAAGAACUGUGAAAAGGUCCUCAGCACCUCCUCAGGGAUCCAGCGACACAUCCGCGCCGUCCACCUGGGACGCAACAGUGAUUCAGACCACAGUGAUGGAGAGGAGGACUUUUACUACUCAGAGAUUGAGGUCAAUGUGGACAGCCUAUCGGAGGGCUUGUCCAGCCUCACGCCCACUUCCCCCACCACGGCCGGUCCUCCUCCUGUCUUCCCUCUGGCGCUCACCGACGUCCCACGCUCCGAACACAUCAGCAUGAACGGGUCGCAGAGCCACUUCCCCACACUGCUCAGCCAAUCAGCUCCCUCCACGCUCUGCCACAUCCGCACUGACCACGCCUACCAGGCCACUGCUCCAGUGAGUAUCCCAGUGGGUCCAGAGCUGGCUGGGCUAGGGAGUGGUAAUGGGACCGGGCCUGGAACUGGGACUGGGACUGGGACUGGCACCAGUGUAUCUUGGCAGUCCCCUCCUGUCAUUUUCAAAGGCUUACCGGGACCUGUGGCUCAUGUCCGCACAGUUAGUAUCGGGGAAAAACGGCAGCCAGCGCCCAGUACACACACCACUGUUAACAAGAACCAUGCUUUAAUAACACCAGCACCUAAACCAACCCAAGGAACCAGGAAACCCCGUGGGGAGGCGAAGAAGUGCCGAAAGGUGUACGGCAUGGAGAAGAGAGACAUGUGGUGCACAGCCUGUCGCUGGAAAAAAGCCUGUCAGAGAUUCACCGACUAAUUCUCCUCGCCUGCAUCAGGGAGAUGAGCUCCUCCUCAUUCACAGCUACAGCGACGAGGGGACGAGGGGAGAUUUCUUCACGACGAGGCUCUCAGCACUGCUUCCUCCAGCCCAGCAGGGGGUCCGCCUUCUCACUUUUUCAUUUCCAAACACAAAGAGAAAAUAAAACCGAUGGGUAAAAACAAACACACAAUUAAAAAUUCAACAAAAUGACUUUACGCAGGUUUGGAGAAAAUUUUUUUCUAAGACUGACAAAUUUUUACUCUCUUGAAGAAUAAGAAAAAAAAAACAUUUAAAUCUGAUUCAGAACCAUCUGAUUUGAUUUUUUUUUUUUUUUUUUUUUUUUCACUUUCCAUUUUUCAUGGCCGUAUUCAAGACAACAUAUAAAGACUUCAGAUAAGCUUUUUGGUAUACUCAUGUGUUGUUCAUUGUCGGAGCAUCAUGUAAGUUACUGUUUUUGGGGGUGGAUCAUGAUUCUCUUUGCAGGUGCAAGGUUAACAUCAGAUUUGCUUCAUAACACCUCUGUACAAUAUCCGUUUUUCAUUGUCAUUGUUUAAUGCACAGCAAACCUACCAAAGGCAAUUAGAAUAACAGUCUUGCUGUAGCCUGUUCAGUUGCAACCAAUAUUUCUUCAUAAUUAUGAGUUCUAGCCCCAUCGUAAGCAGUUAGAGCUAGGAAUCUCACAUCAGUGUCAUCUACAACCUUACUGGAUAUCAACUAUUUUUCUGAACACAUCCUGUUGAUUGUCUACUUCCUAUUCAAGAAGCAAGUCAAAUACAGCUCGCUAUACUUCCUGUAAUUUUGCAUAGACGCACAAAACCCUCACACCAAGUGGUACAAAAAGUUUCCCUUUGACUUUCCAAAUUAUUUUCGAGAGAUGUACACAAUAUAUGAAAUAUAUUUCCUCUCUCUUCUUUCCUAUACCUUUACCCUAGAGAUAUGCACCUUGAAGAAAUAAGUCGUCUUUCAGAGUAUUACUGUAACCACAGCAUAUGCCCAAGAGAGUGGAUUUCUAACAGAGUUUAUUUUCAACAAUUAGUUGCUGAGGCAACUAUCAGUUGCACUGUGCAAUCAGCAGAAUUAACAAUUAAUAUUGUCUUUCUUGCUUUGACUUUAUCAUUGGUAUUUACACAAGUGAAGCCAGAAAGGCUCAGCUUUGUUUUCGAAAGUUUGUUUUCUUAAUGCGAUUGUUUACCACAAUGAAUGAUACCAUGGAUGAUACCUGCCCUUCGAAACUUUAACUUGCAGUCUGACUGAUGUUUCUUAUGUAUGUGGGUAAAUAACAUAGAAGUAGUAACCCAACAAUCACUACCUGAUAAUAAAUCAGGCACCCUUCAUUUGUAUCGUUCAGUGUAGAGCUUACAAAAUCUGUUGUCUUUGGAAUGACUACCAUUAACUAGCAAAGCAUUAUUUGUAAAUACCAGCCUUAGCCACAUAUGAGAUGAGAUUUUUUUUGUCCCAUUUUUAUUUGUUGUUUUUAAAUUUAUAAGUUUCAAGUGACAUUUCACUCCAGUAUAACAUUUGAAAACAAAAAGUGGAAAUCACAGCAAGUCAGUUGAAUCAUUGCAGGGCGGCCACCAUUCAUGGCAGCCAUCGUCAGUGUUUGGCUGUUCAUUGUUCGUGUGGGACUAUGUGGGCUGCAAAUUGAAAAUGUUUAACCCAAGUGGAAUGCUACUUUAACAUUCAGGUCUGUAACAGUAAUAAAUAGCAGGCCACCAUUUCCCAGCAUUAGAUGGAAUAUGCAUUGGACAUUUUAGAUAGUUAGAAAAUGUAAUGUUUUGAAUGACCUGUUUCACACAUCAACAGUGAAACAAAAACAGGAGUUUGUAAUAAUAUUGGUUCCUCUGGGAACCAAAAACCAAACAAACAAACAAAAAAAAAGCACUCUAAACUACGAAGCCCAUUUUGUUACUUUUUUAUGUAUUUCUAUUGGCUUUCCCUAAUAGGAGAAAGAGAAAAAAAAGAAAGAAAAAGCCCACGGUGAUCUUGAAAGCUUUUACAUUUUUGAAGAGGCCUGGAAUCCUCUCUUUCGAUUUUCAAAAAAAAAAAAAUGCUCCCCUUCAACACACAUUAGUGCUCCACAAAAGGCCAUUGCAGUGAAAUAACACAAUUAGAAGAAAAGGAAGUAGAAUUAAGAUAAAAAAAAAAUGCCCCUGUGGAUCAUGUUGCCUAAAUUUGUAGGCAACUUAACAAAAAAAAAGUAAACUGUUAAUCAGUGGUGAUCCAGUGUGAAUUUUCAGAUCGCUGCUAGCCUCCAAUUGUCGGCGUGCAGAUUGAAGAGAUAUUUGGAGUUUAUCAAAAUGACAGCAAAACAACUUAUUGACUGUUUCCCCUCAAUGAGAGGACAGAGACACAUUAACAGUCCUCGCGUGGGCACAGUUUAUGAAUAAAAAAAUCCACGUAUUAUGCUAAUGAACACAUGAUGUCAGCAUCCAGAUGACUAGAAUUUUAGACACCCCUCCCCACCCCAAAACAAAACGCAAUUAAUGCUGCGUAGUCUUCUUUGACUUGGCUGUAAGAACUGACUCUUCCUGCAGUUAGCCCAUUUCCCAUUAUGAGAGAAUUUGCAAGGCUACCACAGAACUGGCAUUCAUCAUACAAUCUUUUUUUUCUUUUUUCUUUUCUUUUUUUUUUGGUGGUUCGACUGAUUGAGAUAAAAAUUUCUAACCCUCAAGGUGAUAAGGUGUACUUUUCUAUUCAGGUUGCAGAGGCUGAGUCGUGACAGUAGAUGUAUAUUUUUUGAAGAGAUUCAUCUUUGUGCUGUUUGAUUGUUACCAGCUUUUUGAAUGUAGUUUCUGCUGCGUGUCCUCUCCUCUCUCAGCGCUCCCUACACUGACCUGACCUGACCUGAUCACCAUGGCAACGCAUGACCGUAUGACUCACACAAAAACACACACACACACACACUCGCACACGCACACAGUGCCUGUUCUCUCCCGUAUGAGCAGAUCUUUCUGAGCAGACUGCUAGACUGAGAUACAGUGUGACGUUAGACCUCUCUGACGCCAAAGGGACGCCCGUGCUGCCUGCCAUUGGCUGGUCCCACGUUAUCGGUGACCUGCCAUCCCGUCUUGAUGAAUUGACGAGAGCAGAUGCCCGACUGUUAAUUGGUCCCUUGCUUCGAUGCAUUUGGUGAAAACAAACAAACGUUAUUAAGCGGGCGUGCUCACCACAACAGUGAACAACAUCAACACUGUGUUCCAAGAUCAUAAAGCACCAUAUGGUUCGGGUCACACUUUCCUGAUUGAUUGCCUUUCCAUGUAAGGCUUUCGUUCCAGUGGCAUCUCAAAUAAGCUAGGUCUCCUUCUCUCUCUCAGCCUCGUGAGAGCAGUUGGCGGGCCUCUUCCGGUCAGAAACUUCACAAAGUGCCAAUGAAAAGAACAUAAAAAAGGAAAAAUAUACUGACCUAAUAAAAUUGCACUAACUUGCACUGCGCAAAGACAUGUUUUUAUACAUGGACAUUUUAUACACACAAAUUUUGAAGUGAAUGGAUUUUUUUUUUUUUCAGGGGUUGGGAGGGGUCGUCACUGCCUGAUGGAAUAAAUGGGGUGUCAGGGAUGGGGGUUGUGUACCUCUGGGGUCCCCCAUUAGUCAGUAAUGUGGACAGGUAUGUCUUGCUCUCUGUGUCAGGUAUACUUUACAUAACACAGUGGUUCUGGCAGUUUGGUGUUUAAGUAGUGUGGUACUGGAAGGUACAGUGUGGUACUUAGGUAGUCAGUCACUUUGCCUUUCUGGGGAAGGGUGCUAAGGGCCCGAAGGCAGCAUCUGCGUUGUCUCAGUGGUGGGGAAAACACUGGUCUCAGUCAGCGGCUUCACAUUAUCCUGUUGAUUACAAAUGCUUCAUGGUGUUUCAUAAUACUCGCACUCUGCUUUUUUCCCCAUAAACUUCACCUUUGUGCUUCCUUUACCUGAGAAAGCUUUCAGCUUAUUACAUUUUUACUGAGCUGAGGUUGUAACUUUAUAGAAACAGUUGGUUUAUUUAGUGCUGGAUACCACUUUGACUCUCCUCUGUCAUUUUCUGGUUGGGUCUUUCAUUGAUUGUCAAAUGCAGCCCAGAAGUUUACUCUCCAUCCCCAAUGAAAGCACUUUUCUAUUCCACCAGCAGGUGCAGACACCAGGGCUUUUAUUGGCAGUGGAUUGGCCAGUUACACAUUAAGCCAAACUGUGUCCUGUGCCUGCCACUAUUCCACCUUUUAUCAAGUUGCACUAAACUGGCCGGUGAGGGUCUAUGCCGGGGCCUCAGAGGCAGGAACCUGGUUGUAAGGUUUCAGCUUGGAUCCUCAUGGCCAGAAAGAGCUCUGGGUGCAAAGUUGCUCUUGGACACCACUCUUAGUAGAAAUCAAAAAUCACCAGUCAGACCAUUUGGUGAACAUCGUGAAAUAGACCUCAGAUCAGAAAUUGCAGCUUGAGCCCAGAGCAUGGGAAGAUGGAGACUGGACUUAACUUUUAUUGGGUUUGCAGGGAAACUGGAGAUUUUACAGUUGAUGGAAAGGGGACACGAGACAAGCAGUGACGAUUAUAGAUGGAUUUGCAGUUUCAGGGCUUUCCUGUACAUAUGCAACAUAGAGAACCGUGAGGCUUUUUCAUAUAUUGUUGUUGUUUUCUUUGUUGUUGUAUCUCUGUUAUAUGAAAAGGAAACUUUUUUUUUUUUUUUUACCGUAGAGUUGCUCAGAAUAUUUUUCUUUCAUUUUUUUUUAAAUUGAGAAGCUAUAGUGAACAUAACAUGUAAAGACUCAAUGUAUAUUGUAGCUUAGAGGCAAAGGGGAGAAAAACAAAACAUGUUGAAUGUAAAACCUACAAAAAGAAAAGUCUGUCUUUUUUUUCGUUGUUAUACCGCUGGCUAGUUUGUACUGCCUAUAGUGAACCUAUAAGCGCAUUCAGAGUUCGGUAUCCAAAACUUUUAACAUACACACGCAGACAGCUUUUGCCACACCUCUAAAUCAUAUCAGAUAACACGACCAUGCAGUAUUGCUUUACUAUCUUACUUUGUGCAAUGAGAUGCUUUAAAUGGAACAAGAACUAACUUGAGCUUUUGGUGACAUCUGGGCUACCCGCUCACACUGUUGCUGUUCGUCUGUCACUCUCCCUGCCAAAUAGUAAUUUUUUUUCUUUUUUUUUUUUUCCGAAUAUGUGUGGCUGUUGUUGUCGUCGUGGAUGUUGUUUGUGGUUGUGAUGUUAAGUUGUUGUUAGGCAGGAUCACCUUCGACCUUUUCGGCCUCGGUGACAUUUUCAACCUUGUGGGAAUCUUUUAUCCUGCCCUGCACAUUCCAGCAGACAGCAUGCUUUGGUGUCUUCCAGUUGUUUCAUAGAUGUAGACGUAUCCUUUCCCAUUUCCUUUUCACUACAGUGAUUCUUCCGUGAUCACCUUGUCCUUUUCCAUUUCCUUUUUUUUUUUUUUUUUGUGCUGUCCAGCUUUACUGUGGUCCCACCCAAGCCUUUACCCAGUAUAUUAAGCUAACUAAACCCUUGAAAUGUGCAUCAUAAAACGCCUUUGUUUUUCCAAAUAUGUCAAAAUUUAUGUUGUUGCUUUUUUUUUUUCAUUUUUUUUUUUUUUUGUUAUUCGUUUGUUUUCUUGGGAAUGUCAGUUUUCGUCAUACGUAACCCAGCAGCAGCAAAGCCAAUGGAUCUCCUUCCAAAUCAAGUGUAAUGCAUUGCAAUGGCAGCUCCACUCAGUACUCUGCUUCUUCUACUGUGCUCUUAUUUUUUUGUCGUCUUCAGCUUUUACCCCUCUGUCUGUCAGUUCUCUUUUUUUUGAUGACCUUUUUUUUUUUUUUUCUCCUGUUGUGUCUUUACUGAGCCUUACAAUGGCUGGUGUGAAAACUGACCUUUUUGUUGCUUUAUUUUUUUUUGUUGUUUUUGUUUUUGUUUUUUGUUUUCUCAUUGAUUGAUUGAUUGAUUGAUUGAUGUCUGGUUCAGUUUGAGGUUGUUUUGCAUGUCUGGCAUCGCUCAUGUUUUUUGUUUUUUCCUUUAUUUCUUUUUUGUUAGGAGAUACAACACUGAAGGGUUUUAUGUGUUAGAUUUCCCCUUACAGUAACUGAUGAGCCAGGGCUGAUGUCGUUUGUUUGCCUCCGAACGUCAAAGCUGCCCAGUGCGCCGUUCGAAAGGGUACGCGCAUCAGCCUCGGUUUCAUCACUGGAGGGCAAGAUUUCUCCUGUGUGUGGGCUCGGGCUCCGGCCAUCAUCAGCAGUCCCACGCACGGCGAGAAAGCACUUUCUGAGGGGUGGUGCACUCAAGGAUUAUUUGUGUGAAUGUCAAGCCUAUGACUAGUGCUUGAGAAGAUGGAUGACCAUGUGUGAUGCUGAUAAUGUGAUCCAUGUGAUGUAAUGUGACAGAAAGAAAAUAAACCUGAACGGAAGAAGUCA